CACUACAUCGCGUCGUACACUUGUCGUACACCAACUGGCGGAGAUGCUGUCCGUAUAUCCGUAUGACUUAGGGCUAUCCUACACGGAUUUGCAUAGCUGGCAUAUGCAUAGCACAAGACCGUCCACACCAAUGAGCAUCGAGUAUUAAGUCGCCAUAUUGAUUUACAUACCAUAGCAUAGACAUAGACAUAAGCAUAACAUAAGAAAUAAAUAAUUCCAUACGAAUGACAUUUCUAUGCAUAUGGUCUAUGUACAGCCAAUGAAAAGUAAGCACGAAUUUUCGCUCAGAUCAUGCGCGAGUCAAUCGUUUGCAAUCAAGUCAGUCUUAGCUAACCUCAAAAAAAAGAAAAUAUAUAAAUAGAGAGUAAGAUACAUAUUUGUUAUACAUUAUGGGAGACCAUAAUAAUUAUUCGUUAAACAGAAGAGACGAAGGAGAUGACGAAAGUGUAGUUUGUGUAAUAAGUAAUAAAGAAGGUGAUUCAUUAUUAGUAGACCUCGUUAAAGGAUAUCCACAUCUUUAUAAUAAAGAAUGCAAAGAUUUUAAAAAUGUUAUUAAAAAAAAAACUCCUGGCAAGAAAUAGGAACAAUUUUAAACAUGACAGGUUCUGAUUGUCAAGCAAGAUGGACAAGGCUGCGUGAACGAUAUUCGCGUGAAAAAAAAGAUCGGGAAAGAGAAGCAAGAAGUGGAAGUGGAAGUACAAUAAAGCCAACAUUUCAUUUAUCUAUAACAAAUGUGAGUUCCAGACAUAUAAAUGAGUCAAUAGAAAAGUUAGACUUCUCAAAUACAUCGCAAAAUCGGAGCCUAUCUUAUAACGAAGAUAAUAUAAUUAAUAAACCAAUUUCAAAGACUGUAAAUGCAGUGGCUUCUACAAGUUUACCUUCUGCAUCUUAUUCUUCUGCAACAGAAAAGAUAGAAUCAUUUGAUAGUGAUGAUGAUUUUCCUUUAUCGCAUUGUCCAGAUGUAUUAGGAAAUUACAACACUGAAUUUUCUUUGUUAGAACAUUCACCAACAGUUUUAAAAAAUCGCAAACUAGUUUCUCCACUAGCACAUUCAAAAUCGUCAUGUAAAAGAAAAAUUUUAUCCGAGUUAAAUGAAGAAUCUCUCGACUCUUCGUCGCCUAAAUUACCACAAUUACCCAAACGAUUAACGAAAAAAACAAAAGGCACAUCUUCAGAAGAUAGAAUGGAAGAAUCUUUUUUAAAAUUAACAUCAGUAGUCUCAUCUCAUUUGGAAAACAAAACUCCAAAUAUAUUAUAUGAUAUAACAAAUGAAGAUGACAUUUUUGCCAAAGCAGUUGCAUGUCAACUGAAAAAAAUAAUGGAACCUGUAAGGUCUCGCAUGAAAGGUCAGAUUAUGAAGAUAUUAUAUGAUCUGUGAGAGAAAAAUUUUAUUUUAUAGAUAUAAACAUUUUUUAUAACACAGAAGCAAUGCAUGUAUUUAUGGUAAUUUUAAUUUUAUAAUCAUUAACUUAAAUUUAAGAUAUAUAAUUUGUGAUACAACAAUUUUAUUUUAUAGUUAUAAACAGUUUUUAUAACGCAAAGG